UGGGGCAAAGCCUUUCCAUCUGGACAGCACCAUGUCCACCAAAGCGGAGCAGUUUGCUUCCAAGAUCCGAUACUUGCAGGAAUAUCAUAACCGGGUUCUUCACAACAUUUAUCCUGUCCCUUCAGGAACAGAUAUUGCAAACACCCUGAAAUACUUUUCUCAGACUUUGUUAAGCAUUUUGUCCCGCACAGGGAAGAAGGAAAACCAAGAUGCCUCCAAUUUGACAGUGCCCAUGACCAUGUGUCUUUUUCCUGUGCCAUUCCCACUCACCCCAUCUCUAAGACCGCAGGUCAGUUCCAUCAACCCUACUGUCACUCGCUCCCUCCUUUACAGCGUCCUGCGAGAUGCUCCCUCCGAACGCGGCCCGCAAAGUCGUGAUGCUCAGUUGUCAGACUACCCUUCUUUGGACUAUCAAGGCCUCUACGUGACUUUGGUGACUCUCCUGGAUCUAGUACCUUUACUACAGCAUGGCCAACACGAUCUUGGACAGUCAAUAUUUUAUACAACUACAUGUUUGUUACCCUUUCUCAAUGAUGAUCUUCUGAGUACUUUGCCCUACACGAUGAUAUCAACAUUAGCUACCUUCCCUCCAUUUCUACACAAGGAUAUUAUUGAAUAUCUUAGCACAUCUUUUCUACCCAUGGCUAUAUUGGGGUCCUCGAGGCGAGAAGGUGUUCCUGCCCACGUUAAUCUUUCUGCAUCCUCCAUGUUAAUGAUUGCAAUGCAGUACACAUCCAAUCCAGUGUAUCAUUGUCAAUUAUUGGAAUGUCUCAUGAAGUAUAAACAAGAAGUCUGGAAAGAUCUUCUGUAUGUGAUAGCCUAUGGUCCUUCACAAGUGAAGCCUCCGGCCGUGCAAAUGCUUUUCCACUACUGGCCCAAUUUAAAACCUCCUGGGGCAAUCAGCGAGUACAGGGGGCUGCAGUACACAGCUUGGAAUCCCAUCCACUGCCAGCACAUCGAAUGCCACAAUGCAAUUAAUAAACCAGCUGUGAAGAUGUGCAUAGACCCUUCCCUGUCAGUAGCGUUGGGUGACAAACCGCCCCCGUUGUAUCUCUGUGAAGAAUGCAGCCAGCGGAUCGCAGGAGACCACAGUGAAUGGCUGAUUGAUGUUCUUCUGCCACAAGCUGAAAUAUCUGCUAUCUGUCAGAAGAAGAACUGCAGUUCCCACGUGAGAAGGGCGGUUGUCACCUGCUUUUCAGCAGGGUGCUGUGAUCGUCAUGGAAACAGACCUGUUCGAUACUGCAAGCGAUGCCACUCCAACCACCACAGCAACGAAGUGGGGGCCGCCGUGUCGGAGACGCACCUCUACCAGACCUCGCCCCCACCCAUCAACACGCGUGAAUGUGGCGCGGAGGAGCUGGUCUGCGCCGUGGAGGCCGUCAUUAGCCUAUUGAAAGAAGCCGAAUUCCAUGCUGAGCAGCGGGAAUACGAACUGAACCGCCGGCGGCAGCUGGGCCUCUCCUCCUCCCACCACUCCCUGGAUACGGCGGACUUCGACAACAAGGAUGACGACAAGCACGACCAGCGCCUGCUCAGCCAAUUCGGAAUAUGGUUCUUAGUGAGCCUCUGCACGCCCAGCGAGAACACGCCGACGGAAAGCUUGGCCAGGCUGGUGGCCAUGGUGUUUCAGUGGUUUCACUCCACGGCCUAUAUGAUGGACGAUGAAGUCGGAAGUUUGGUGGAGAAGCUCAAGCCUCAGUUUGUCACCAAGUGGCUGAAGACAGUCUGUGACGUGCGCUUUGAUGUCAUGGUCAUGUGCCUUCUUCCCAAACCCAUGGAGUUUGCCAGGGUUGGUGGAUAUUGGGAUAAGUCUUGCAGCACGGUGACGCAGUUGAAGGAAGGUCUCCAGAGAACCCUCUGCUUGAUCCCCUACAACGUGAUCAAUCAGUCCGUGUGGGAGUGCAUCAUGCCCGAGUGGCUGGAAGCCAUCCGAACAGAAGUCCCAGAUAACCAGCUAAAGGAGUUCAGGGAAGUAUUAAGCAAAAUGUUUGACAUUGAGCUCUGCCCUCUACCCUUUUCAUUGGAAGAGAUGUUUGGCUUUAUCAGUUGUCGCUUCACAGGGUACCCUUCCUCUGUGCAGGAGCAAGCCUUACUCUGGCUUCAUGUGCUAUCGGAGUUAGACAUCAUGGUUCCACUUCAACUCUUGAUAAGUAUGUUUUCUGAUGGAGUCAAUUCUGUCAAAGAACUGGCAAAUCAAAGAAAAUCAAGAGCCAAUGAAUUAGCAGGGAACCUUGCCGCUCGCAGGGUGAGUGUCGCCUCUGAUCCUGGUCGGCGAGUUCAGCACAAUAUGCUGAGCCCAUUCCAUAGUCCUUUCCAGAGCCCAUUCCGGAGUCCUGCGAGGAGCCCAUUCCGGAGCCCCUUCAAGAAUUUCGGACACCCAGGAGGGAGGACGAUUGACUUUGAUUGUGAAGAUGAUGAGAUGAAUUUGAACUGUUUCAUCCUCAUGUUCGAUCUUCUCCUGAAGCAGAUGGAGUUACAAGAUGAUGGCAUCACGAUGGGGCUAGAGCACAGCUUGUCCAAGGACAUUAUUUCCAUUAUAAACAACGUCUUCCAAGCCCCCUGGGGGGGCUCCCACACCUGCCAGAAGGAAGAGAAAGCAGUCGAGUGUAACUUAUGUCAGUCUAGUAUUCUCUGCUAUCAGCUUGCUUGUGAACUCCUGGAGAGACUAGCUCCCAAAGAAGAAAGUCGGCUGGUGGAGCCCACAGACAGUCUUGAAGAAAGCCUCCUUUCUUCCAGACCGGACUUUAUUGUCGGCCUGGAAGGCGAGGAGGAAGACAAUCCGGCAGCCAAGCCCGAGGAGAACCCUGGAAACUGCACUGAGCCCACAGAACAUGCUGCAAUAAAGAAUGAUACUGAAAGAAAAUUUUGCUACCAACAACUUCCAGUAACCUUGAGAUUAAUAUAUACCAUUUUCCAGGAAAUGGCUAAGUUUGAAGAGCCAGAUAUUCUUUUUAAUAUGCUCAAUUGUCUGAAGAUUCUCUGUUUACAUGGAGAGUGUUUAUACAUUGCUAGAAAAGAUCAUCCUCAAUUUUUAGCCUACAUUCAGGAUCAUAUGUUGAUUGCAAGCCUCUGGAGGGUCGUGAAAUCCGAGUUCUCCCAGCUGUCUUCGCUGGCAGUCCCUCUUCUCCUCCACGCUCUGUCACUUCCUCAUGGUGCUGACAUCUUCUGGACAAUCAUAAAUGGCAACUUCAACAGCAAAGACUGGAAGAUGCGCUUUGAAGCAGUGGAAAAAGUGGCCGUCAUAUGUAGAUUUCUGGACAUUCACGCAGUGACCAGGAACCACCUGCUGAAGUACUCGCUGGCGCAUGCCUUCUGCUGCUUCUUGACGGCUGUGGAGGACGUCAACCCGGCAGUGGCCACCAGAGCCAGUCUCCUGCUGGACACCAUAAAGAGGCCAGCAUUACAGGGUCUGUGUCUUUGUCUCGACUUCCAGUUUGAUACUGUGGUUAAAGACCGACCCACAAUAUUGAGUAAGCUUUUACUCUUGCAUUUUCUUAAACAAGAUAUUCCUGCUUUGAGCUGGGAGUUUUUUGUCAAUAGAUUUGAGACGCUUUCUUUGGAAGCUCAGCUACAUUUGGAUUGUAACAAAGAAUUUCCUUUUCCCACAACGAUCACCGCAGUGAGGACCAACGUCGCCAACCUCAGUGACGCGGCCUUGUGGAAGAUCAAGAGGGCUCGCUUUGCCAGGAACCGCCAGAAGAGUGUGCGUUCCCUGCGGGACAGCGUGAAAGGGCCGGCGGAAUCCAAGAGGGCGCUCUCCCUUCCUGAAACCCUAACCUCCAAGAUCCCCGUGAGGUUGACCAGGCAUGAGCAGUCUGCUCCAGCCCUCGGUGGGACACCCGAACAGACACCAGGACAACAGUCUCCUGAGAAUGACAACACCAUCAAGGACCUGCUCCCAGAGGAUGCUGGGAUCGACCACCAGACGGUUCACCAGCUGAUCACUGUGCUCAUGAAGUUCAUGGCCAAGGAUGAGAGCAGUGCGGAGUCAGACAUUAGUAGUGCGAAGGCCUUCAACACCGUCAAGCGGCAUCUCUAUGUCUUGCUCGGCUACGACCAACAGGAUGGUUGCUUCAUGAUUGCCCCUCAAAAGAUGCGCUUGUCAACGUGCUUUAACGCAUUCAUUGCAGGAAUCGCCCAGGUUAUGGACUAUAACAUUAACUUGGGCAAACAUCUCCUCCCAUUGGUGGUUCAGGUGCUCAAAUACUGCUCUUGCCCUCAGCUUCGGCAUUAUUUCCAGCAGCCGCCUCGCUGUUCCCUCUGGUCCUUAAAGCCUCACAUCCGACAGAUGUGGUUGAAGGCCUUACUCGUCAUCCUUUACAAGUAUCCCUACCGAGACUGCGACAUCAGCAAGGUCCUCCUGCAUCUGAUUCAGAUAACGGUCAAUACGCUCAAUGCUCAGUACCAUAGCUGCAGGCCCCACGCCGCAGCAGGAGCUUUGUACAGCGACAACAGCAACAUAAGCAGAUACAGCGAGAAAGAAAAAGAGGAAGAUAGUGUUUUUGAUGAAUCUGAUAUUCAUGAUACACCUACUGGACCCUGCAAUAAAGAGUCUCAAACUUUUUUUGCAAGAUUGAAAAGGAUAGGAGGCAGCAAAAUGGUGAAAUAUCAGCCGGUUGAGAUGAAUGUUCAGAGAAGUAACGUAGAACUGGCUGACUAUAGAGACACGGGUGCAUUACAAGACAGCCUGCUCCGCUGUGUGCGAGAAGACAGCAUUCAGAAAAAAAAGCUGCGCUCUUUAAAACAAAAAUCUCUUGAUAUAGGGAACGCAGACUCCCUCUUGUUCACCUUAGACGAGCACCGCAGGAAGUCCUGCAUAGAGCGCUGCGAUGCCGACAAGCCUCCCCCGCCCGGAGCCUGCAGCCUGCACAGACCCAGCGACCCCGGGCGGCCCCGGCGGAAUUCCGCCUCGCGGCUGGCCAGCGCCGAGAUCCCCGAGAACCCCGCUCUGGAAGCCUUCCCGGAGGCCCGCCGGCCGGUCAUCCCCGAAGUCCGGCUAAACUGCAUGGAGACGUUUGAGGUGCAGGUGGACGCUCCAGGGCAGUCGGCCCCCCAGGAGGGCCAGGAUCUGAUCGACCUGUCCUCGGAUUCCACCUCGGGGCCCGAGAAGCAGUCGGUCGCCUCCACGUCGGAUAGCGACUCGCUUGUCUUUGAGCCUCUCCCCCCUCUCCGAAUAGUGGAGAGCGAUGAGGAGGAGGAGGCGGCCCGGCAAGGGAACGAUGGCACCCCUGGCACCCCUGCGGCCGCCUCCGCCGCCGUCCCCAGCCUCAGCACAACGCCCCUGGUGCGAGUCAGCGUGGAGGAUUGUUCCAAAGACUCAGGAAACAGCCCGGACUCCGCUCUCCUAGCUCUGGAAGACCCCACAGACCCCCGCGAGCAAGCCAGGGCGGAGGAGCUGCCCGAGUUGUCCAGUGGCAGCCCCCUCACGCUGAAGCAAAAACGAGACCUCCUUCAGAAGUCCUUUGCCCUGGCCGAGAUGUCCAUGGAUGAGAGCCUCGGCCUCAGCCUGGAGGAAGGGAAGCCUGGUGGGCCCACUCCAAGUUCAGGGGCCAAAACGGCCUUCCUGCAGGUUCCCGAAGAUGCUGAGAAUCCAACCGAAGGGGAGAAGCCCGAUACCAGUGCCGAGUCGGACACAGAACAGAAUUCCGAAAGAAAAAUGGAAGAGGAGGGAGCGGAGGAGUCCGAAUUUAAGAUUCAGAUUGUCCCGAGACAGAGGAAACAGAGAAAGAUAGCCGUGAGUGCUAUCCAGAGAGAGUACCUGGACAUUUCCUUCAACAUUCUAGACAAACUGGGAGAGCAGAAGGAUCCAGAUCUGACUACUAAAGGACUUUCAACUUUGGAAAUGCCCCGCGAAUCGUCAUCUGCCCCUACAUUGGAAGCAGGGGUGCCAGAAACAAGCAGCCAUUCAUCAAUAUCAACUCAGAAUAGGCAGAUGAAAAGGGGAUCCCUGGGACCUCUGACAAUGAGCCAAUUAAUGAAGGGACAGCUGGAGCAUCAGUCUAGCACCCCCCUUAACGUCAGCAACGGGGACACUGAACAGAUACAGCCGGGGAAACGCCAGUGUAACGCACCAACAUGCCUAAAUCCUGACCUGGAGGGGCAGCCGCUGCGAAUGAGAGGAGCUACUAAGUCCAGCCUGCUGUCAGCACCCAGCAUAGUCAGUAUGUUUGUGCCGGCGCCUGAGGAGUUCACCGAUGAGCAGCCCACAGUGAUGACUGACAAGUGCCAUGACUGCGGGGCCAUCCUGGAAGAAUACGAUGAAGAAACGCUUGGGCUGGCCAUUGUGGUUCUCUCCACCUUCAUUCACCUAAGCCCGGACUUGGCGGCCCCGCUGUUGCUGGACAUCAUGCAGUCUGUGGGAAGGUUGGCAUCCAGCACUACUUUUUCUAGUCAAGCCGAAAGCAUGAUGGUUCCUGGCAACGCAGCAGGGGUGGCCAAGCAGUUCCUGCGCUGCAUCUUCCAUCAACUGGCGCCCAAUGGCAUCUUCCCACAGCUGUUCCAGAGCACCAUCAAAGAUGGGACUUUUUUACGGACCUUAGCCACGUCGCUGAUGGACUUCAAUGAGCUGAGCUCAAUCGCUGCACUCAGCCAGCUCUUGGAGGGUCUAAAUAACAAAAAGAAUUUGCCAGCAGGGGGUGCUAUGAUACGCUGUUUGGAAAACAUUGCCGCCUUCAUGGAAGCUUUGCCCAUGGACUCGCCUAGUAGCCUCUGGACCACCAUCAGCAACCAGUUUCAGACCUUCUUUGCCAAGCUGCCUUCCGUUUUACCGCUGAAGUGUUCUUUAGAUUCCAGUUUGAGGAUUAUGAUUUGCCUCUUGAAGAUACCGUCCGUGAACGCCACAAGGAGUUUGUUGGAACCGUUUUCGAAACUGCUCAGCUUCGUGAUUCAGAACGCCGUCUUCACGCUGGCCUACCUGGUGGAGCUGUGCAGCGUGUGCUACCGAGCUUUCACGAAGGAGCGGGAUAAAUUCUACUUGUCUCGGAGUGUCGUGCUAGAACUUCUGCAGGCCCUGAAGCUCAAGUCUCCGUUACCGGACACCAACCUCCUUCUGCUCGUGCAGUUCAUUUGUGCAGACGCUGGGACCAAACUGGCGGAGUCAACCAUCCUGAGCAAGCAGAUGAUCGCCUCCAUCCCUGGAUGUGGGACGGCGGCGAUGGAGUGCAUGCGGCAGUACAUCAGCGAAGUGCUGGAUUUCAUGGCUGACAUGCACACGCUCACCAAGCUGAAGAACCACAUGAAGGCCUGUUCGCAGCCGCUGCAUGAAGAUACAUUUGGAGGGCACCUCAAAGUCGGGCUGGCCCAGGUUGCAGCCAUGGAGAUCUCCAGGGGCAACCACAGAGAUAAUAAGGCUGUAAUUCGGUAUCUGCCUUGGCUCUAUCAUCCUCCUUCUGCAAUGCAGCAAGGGCCUAAAGAAUUCAUCGAGUGUGUCUCCCACAUCCGUCUGUUGUCGUGGCUGCUUCUGGGUUCGCUCACUCAUAAUGCAGUGUGUCCAAAUGCCUCCGCUCCCUGCCUGCCCAUCCCUCUGGACGCAGGCUCCCACAUUGCAGACCAUCUCAUUGUCAUCCUGAUUGGAUUUCCAGAGCAAUCAAAGACCUCUGUACUGCACAUGUGCUCCCUCUUCCACGCGUUCAUCUUUGCUCAGCUCUGGACGGUCUACUGUGAGCAGAGCGCCGUCGCUACCAGUGUGCAGAAUCAGAACGAAUUCAGCUUCACGGCCAUCCUGACCGCGCUCGAGUUCUGGAGCAGGGUCACCCCCAGCAUCCUUCAACUCAUGGCCCACAACAAAGUGAUGGUCGAGAUGGUGUGUCUCCACGUGAUUAGUUUAAUGGAGGCAUUGCAAGAAUGCAACUCAACCAUUUUCGUCAAGUUGAUACCCAUGUGGUUGCCAAUGAUACAGUCAAAUAUCAAGCACCUCUCCGCCGGGCUCCAGCUCCGCCUGCAGGCUAUUCAGAACAACGUGCACCAGCACUGCCUAAGGGCACUGCCCGGCUCGGGCCAGAGCAGCGCCAGCCUGGCGGCCCUCCGCAAGUGGCUCCGCUGCACCCAGUUCAAAAUGGCCCAGGUGGAGAUUCAGUCCUCAGAAGCCGCCUCUCAGUUUUACCCUCUGUGAGCGGCGUCCGGUGUCCGCCCUCUGGUCUAGCAAUAAUGGGUUUCACACUAACACUUGGAUCCACGCAGGUGGGGGAAACACACUGGUACUGUAUAUUCUCUUUCUAGUUUAGUAACAGACGUGCCAAGGCCGGAGAGGCCACCCAAGACGCUUUCUCGCUCCACACAUUUCUGACGAAUCCUUGGCUCUCCGAUGAAGUGUUUCCUUACAUUAUUUUUUAAAAAAAACAACAAAAAAACCAACCAAACAAAACAAGAACCAGAUCA